GCUCCUUCAACAGCUAGUCAGACACCUCGGUAGCUUUCUAGCAAACAUAGCUACAACAUUCACGCUCUUUACACUGGGUUGGUGUACAUUAGUCGCUGUGUAUUAAACACACUUCUGUCGUAUGUACUUGUUGGCCUAUUUAAAUAUAUAUUUACGUUUUUCAGCUAGCUGGUUUGCUAAGUUAGCUUAGAACUAGGCUAGUCGCUAAUGCUAGCUAACAUCUCCGACCAUGAGUUCACUAAGCUACUUUCCUACUGCUAAAGGAGAGGGGGUCUGCUGGACGGAGAAAGAAGCUCUCGUGAAAGAGGAAGAGGAAGAGAAGGAUGUUACAAUGCAAAAACAAGUAGAGGGUGAGGCUGUUACCGUGAAAGAGGAAGAGAAAGACGUUUCAGUGAAAGAGGAAGACGCUUUCAGAGUGAAAGAGGAGGAUUUCACAGUAAAAGAAGAGGAUUUCACAGUAAAAGAAGAGGAGGAUUUCACAGUAAAAGAAGAGGAGGAUUUCACAGUAAAAGAAGAGGAGGAUUUCACAGUAAAAGAAGAGGAGGAUUUCACAGUAAAAGAAGAGGAGGAUUUCACAGUAAAAGAAGAGGAGGAUUUCACAGUAAAAGAAGAGGAGGAUUUCACAGUAAAAGAAGAGGAGGAUUUCACAGUUAAAGAAGAGGAGGAUGUAGUUUUUGGACUGAAAGAGGGGGAGAUGGCUGUUACAUCCACAAAGGAGGAGGAGGAAGAAGAGGAGGUUGGAGAUCUGGGUCCGGUUUCCCAAACGCAUCUUAAAGCAUCCAAUGAUUCUAACGAUGUUAACACUAGAGAGAGACGGGACAAUCGUGGAUCCUCUGGGGAUCCUCAACAAAAUCAUGAUGAUGAUGAUGACGAGGCAGAGAAGAGUCUCUCCACAUCAGAACUCCUCAAGAAACACCAGCAGAGACCCACAGGAAAUAAAUCUAACUGCUGCUCUGACUGUGGGAAAAGAUUCAACUCUUCAUUAAAACUUAAAAUACAUCAACGAAUUCACACUGAAGAGAAACCUUUUGGUUGUGAUCAAUGUGGGAAGAGUUUUACUGCAUCUAGUCAUCUGACUAUACACCAGAGAACACACACAGGAGAGAAACCUCAUAGCUGUGAUCAAUGUGGGAAGAGUUUUACUCGGCCAGACAGCCUGAUGGUACACCAGAGAACACACACAGGAGAGAAACCUUAUAGCUGUGAUCAAUGUGGGAAGAGUUUUUCUACAUCUGGCCAGCUGACUUUACACCAGAGAAUACACACAGGAGAGAAACCUUAUAGCUGUGAUCAAUGUGGGAAGAGUUUUACUACAUCUGGCCAGCUGACUUUACACCAGAGAAUGCACACAGGAGAGAAACCUUAUAGCUGUGAUCAAUGUGGGAAGAGUUUUAUUUCAUCUGGCCAGCUGACUUUACACCAGAGAAUACACACAGGAGAGAAACCUUAUAGCUGUGAUCAAUGUGGGAAGAGUUUCACUACAUCUGGCCAGCUGACUCUUCACCAGAGAACACACACAGGAGAGAAACCUUAUAGCUGUGAUCAAUGUGGGAAGAGUUUUACUAGAUCUGACCAUCUGACUUUACACCAGAGAAUACACACAGGAGAAAAAUCGUAUAGCUGUGAUCAAUGUGGGAAGAGUUUUACUAGAUCUGGCCAUCUGACUUUACACCAGAGAAUACACACAGGAGAAAAACGUUAUAGCUGUGAUCAAUGUGGGAAAAAAUACUCUGAUAAAAGAUCUAUGAUUAAACAUCAGAAACAUUGUUUCAUGAUAUCAAUUAAAUAAUGUCACAAUGAAGAAUGUUUUAACAUUGAAGAAGGAUUAUUUGAAUCAUGUCACAAUGCAGAACCCUAAAUGUUUGUCCCCUGUUCUAUUGAUAUUAGCAUCAGGGGAAGAAUCCAGGCCUGAAUUGGAAGAGUACUAUUUAUAUGAAUUAACAAAAAGUGACUAACAAAAAAAGUUGUUGCACACCACGUUGGUGAUCCACUUAUAUCAAAAUGCAACACUUCAAAAUGUAGCGAGCUGUUUUCUACAAAUUGUCCUCUAACCAGUGAUGUACACAUUAUUCCCAGAUUCCGUGUGGUUUUUGCUGCUUUAGUUUUAACAGGACGUGCAACCUCAUCUCCCUCCUAUUGCACAAUUGAUUUCAACAUAUCGAUGAUUGAUGACAAAGUGUUUGUGUUCCUUAGUUUUUCGACCCCUAAAUUUAAAUGCAUAUCUCCUAAAUUGUAGCUGACUGUCUUCUGCAGGUUGUCCUCUAACCAGUGAGGUGAAAGAUAUCUCCCAUUUCCAUGUGUUUUUUUUUAGUUGUGUUUGUGUCAACAGCACUUACUACCUGAUUUUCCCCCGAAUCGAUAUCAGUGAUUUAUUGCUACUUGUCAAAACAGCGUUUUUGGUGCUUGUGCAAUUUAUAAGGUUAUUUUUUUAAGAAAAUACUUCAUAUGAUUAUUGUGGCAGAUGUUUGGGUAGAUAGUACAUUUUAUGUUUAGGAUUUCAAUUCAUCAAACUUUUUCUGCAUUUGGACUAUUGAUUUGGACACAUUAAAACUGACAUUGGGGCUAUCCCACCUAGCAAAAUGUAGUUGAAAAUAAGACUAUGCAAAAGUUGAAAAGAAAACAAUUUAAUUUCAAUGUACUUGCAGCCUAUACAGUAUAAUAAAUUGGCCUAUUAUCAAUUUUAUUAACAAUUUGACAACAUUCAAAUGCUAAUUGUCUUUAUUCCACUACUGAAGAAGCAUGACUCGAAUCACCUACUCAUAUUUCAAACGUCCAGCCUGACAAAAGAUACAGUGCCUUGCAAAAGUAUUCGGCCCCCUUGAACUUUGCGACCUUUUGCCACAUUUCA